AUGUCUUCUCCAGACUCCCUCCACGACCACCUCCAGGCCAUCCUCGGCCCCAUCGCCUACGAGCAGCGCUCCGCCCUCUGCACCUCCGUCCUCCCCACGCUCCUCGCCUCGCUCGCCGACGUCGGCAAGGCUCUCCGCUCCUCCCACGCCGUCGUCGCCGUCGGCAGCACCAACGUCUUCGGCGACGCCCAGCUCAACGUCGACGUUGCUGCUGAGCAGCUGGUCCGCGUCGCCCUCGCGCGCUGCCCCUCCGUGGUCGCCGCCAGCAGCGAGGAGGACCCCGUCGAGCGGCCCGUCGAGCACACCGUGCGCGUGCCGGACCACCGCCGCGAGGUCUACGCCGCCGCGUUCGACCCCCUGGACGGCAGCUCCAUCGUCGGCCCCGGCUGGGCCGUCGGCACCAUCGUCGGGCUGUGGGACGGCGCCUCGGCGCUGGCGGGGAAGCCGCGGGAGAGGCAGGUCGCCGCCGUGCUGGCUAGCUACGGCUCGCGCAAUACGGCGCUCGUGGCGCUGCGCGUGCCGGGCGCCGCCUCGCCCGCCGUUUGCUUCGAGGUCGGCCUCGGCGACGACGCCACCGUGCCUGUCGUCGUGACCCGCCCCGACGUCCGCUACCUCUCCGGCGCGAAGACGAGGUACUUUGCGCCGGCGAACCUCCGCGCCGCGUCCGAGGCGUCGGCGUACAUGGCGCUGGUCACGCACUACGUCGCGGAGCGCUACACGCUGCGCUACAGCGGCGGGCUGGUGCCGGACGUCGCGCACGCGCUCUCCAAGGGCCACGGCGUGUACGUCUCGCCCGUCGCCGAGGGCAGCCGCGCCAAGCUGCGGCGCCUGUUUGAGCUCUGCCCGGUGGCCAUGGUGGUCGAGUGCGCGGGGGGCGCGGCGGUGGACGCGGAGACGGGCCAGGACGUCCUGGCCAGGCCGGUCGAGGACAUCAACGAGACGGGCGGCUUCGUCUGCGGGAACAAGGACGAGGUUGAGUUUGCGAUGCAAAGGCUGCUGGCUUGA